GGGGGUGUGCAACUUGUUUUAGUUUUAGGCUGAAUUAAUUUUUAUAAUAUCAGGAGAGAUACUUAUACUAUAUCUGCUUUUAUUCAGAAACACGAUUUUUGUUGCUCUCCAUCUUAAAUAGACGUCUUUUUUAAAUGUUGCAUUUGAUUAUAGCCGCCCCUUUGAUUGGUAGCGGCCUUCUGUCACCUGACGUAGCCCAGCUGCUAAGCCGGGGGCUGUACUAUUGAUUUGUUCUCAUUCGGUGGCGUCAGCCGUGGAAUACAACUUGCCUGAGAAAAAGAUGGGGGAGUCUUGUAAGGAACAAGAUAUGUGUACAUCUCAGCAGGGAAAUGGCUCUCCUGAAGAAGAAUUUUUCAGUAUGGCAGAUAUGUUUCUUUUGUCUCUUAUAGUUGGCCUGUUGACUUACUGGUUCUUUUUUCGGAAAAAGAAAGAGGAGACCAUUGAAUUCCCCAAAAUUCAACCCACCGUGACUUCCUCUGUUCGAGAAAGCAGUUUUAUUGAAAAGAUGAAAAAGACAGGAAAAAACAUUGUGGUAUUCUAUGGUUCUCAGACCGGAACAGGCGAAGAAUUUGCUAAUCGACUGUCAAAGGAUGCUCACCGGUAUGGCAUGCGUGGGAUGGCUGCUGACCCAGAAGAAUUUGAAAUGGCAGAUCUUGGUCGUCUCACAGAAAUCGAGAACGCUCUUUCUGUUUUCUGCAUGGCCACUUAUGGGGAAGGUGAUCCUACAGAUAAUGCUCAGGAUUUCUAUGACUGGCUUCAGGAAACAGACAUUGACCUUACAGGACUUAAGUAUGCAGUUUUUGGCCUUGGCAACAAGACGUAUGAGCACUUUAAUGCUAUGGGAAAAUAUGUAGACAAAAGACUUGAAGAAUUAGGAGCUGAGCGCAUUUUUGAGCUGGGAAUGGGAGACGAUGAUGGCAACUUGGAGGAAGACUUUAUCACAUGGAGGGAGCAGUUCUGGCCAGCAGUUUGUGAACACUUUGGAGUUGAGGCAACUGGAGAAGAUUCUAGCAUUCGUCAGUAUGAACUUGUAGUGCACACAGAUGAGAACAUGAACAAGGUCUACACUGGAGAGAUGGGCCGACUAAAGAGCUAUGAAACUCAAAAACCACCAUUUGAUGCUAAAAAUCCUUUCUUAGCUAACGUAACAGUCAAUCGCAAACUAAAUGAGGGUGGAGACCGACAUUUGAUGCAUUUGGAACUAGAUGUCACCGGCUCUAAGAUAAGAUAUGAGUCUGGAGAUCAUGUGGCUGUGUACCCAGCAAAUGAUACUACACUCGUAAACAAGUUAGGAGAGAUCUUGGGCACAGACCUUGACACAGUCAUUUCUCUAAACAACUUGGAUGAGGAGUCUAACAAAAAGCACCCUUUCCCCUGUCCUACCACAUAUCGUACUGCCCUCACUUAUUAUUUGGACAUUACCAAUCCACCUCGGACUAAUGUACUUUAUGAGCUAGCCCAGUAUGCCACUGACCCUAAGGAGCAAGAAAACCUGCGCAAGAUGGCCUCCUCAGCACAAGAGGGAAAGGCUCUAUAUCUCAGUUGGGUUGUUGAAUCAAGAAGAAAUAUUCUGGCCAUACUAGAGGAUAUACCUUCACUGCGCCCUCCAUUGGAUCACCUUUGUGAGUUGCUACCACGCUUACAGGCCCGCUAUUACUCCAUUGCAUCCUCCUCAAAAGUUCAUCCCAAUUCCAUCCACGUAUGUGCUGUGCUUGUUGAAUAUGAGACCAAAACAGGCAGAGAAAAUAAAGGAGUGGCUACAAAUUGGCUCAAAAAUAAACAUCCCAGUGACAAUGGACACAAGUCAUCAGUUCCCAUGUAUGUGCGCAAGUCCCAGUUCCGCCUUCCAUUCAAGCCCAGCACACCUGUUAUCAUGAUUGGCCCUGGGACAGGCAUUGCCCCAUUCAUGGGUUUCAUCCAGGAAAGAGAGUGGCUGAAGCAGCAAGGCAAGGAGGUUGGAGAAACUGUGCUGUACUAUGGCUGCCGCCAUGAACAUGAAGAUUACCUUUACAAAGAUGAGUUAAAACGGUAUCACAAGGAUGGAGUUCUGACACAACUGAACGUUGCCUUCUCGCGAGACCAAGCCCAAAAGGUUUAUGUGCAGAAUCUUCUAAAGAACAACAAAGAGAUGGUAUGGAAGCUAAUCCACGAAGAUAAUGCCCACAUUUAUGUCUGCGGUGAUGCCCGCAACAUGGCUCGGGAUGUGCAGAACACUUUCUAUGAUAUUGUGGCAGAGUAUGGCAAAAUUGACCAUGCUCAGGCUGUGGAUUACAUCAAGAAACUAAUGACCAAAGGUCGCUAUUCCCAAGAUGUCUGGAGUUAAUCAAGGAUGCCAUUCCAUUAUAAAGCAAAUUGUACUAAGUUGGCAUUAUCUCAGACCCACAUGAGCCAGUCCAUGACAAUGCUAAUGAAAAUGAAACCCCUGUUCAAUCUCGAUUUCUGAGGAGAGACUGCUGCCGUUUUUUGUAUUGUUUAGCCACUUUUAUUUUACAGCACAGGGUGGCAUGUGUCAGUAUAGCUUUGAACUGUACCCUCUGGAAUACUUGUGUGUGCACCAUUACUGCAAAUGGACUUUUAUGUUGUUUAUUUUACUAACAAGCAGAGUCCAUUUUGAUAUCAUAUCAUACCUGUUAGUUUAUUUUUGUAAGAAACUAUUAGAUGUCAAAAAUCAUGACAAAGUAUAUGGCAGGCUGGUAUUGCCAUUUAGUUGAGCGAGUCCCUUCAUACCCAACAAGAGCAAAGCAUCUAACUGUUGGAUUAGGGAUUUGGUGCAUUGUCGUUAAUGGCAUAGAAAUGUCAUGAGGCUAGCCCUAUAUAUAUAAUGGUUAUACUGCAAACUGUUAUCAUGUCAUUUAAGAAUGUAAAUGUGUUGAUAAGUAGGCAAAGUGAUCCAUUUGUGUGUUCGUGAGAGUUUUCAAUAUCCAAUCAUUUUCAAGAAUAAAGAAAUGUUUUAAGUA